GUAACGGAUAUACCGGCGGUUCAUGGUAUAUAUAUAAGUGUAUUGUGGUGGCGCUUUGCUCUCUGGCAUGUAGCUUGCUUUGGGCAUUGGCCCAUUAUCAUGACCGCCCGCAUACCCUUUGGAAAUUCGUCAUUCCCAUUCCUAUCUACCUAGUCUACACCAUGUUGAAACAAUAUGGGGUGUUUCUAACCAUUGGAAUGUUCUUAACUAAUAAUAUCUUGUUUGAUAGAUCAUGACUGGUCCCAAAUCUAGUGACGAAGAUGAUCCCUCGGAUCCUCAAACUUCCCAGACCAGCUCCGCUACUAUACAGCAACAAAUACCCAAUUCUGCAACGGGAGAAACGCCAGCUCAGACGACGACGACGACUACAUCCAGUAAAGAUGGAACCCCUAAAGCUUCGCCGGCCGCUGGUCGUCCGCGGGCUACUACCGCAAAAGCACAACCUACUCUCCUCGGCGAUUUCUUGUUGGGUCGACCAUCCCCCGCUCGAGUCGCAGCAGACAGACAAGCCGCACGAGAAGCAGCGCAGGCACGGCGGAAGAGUCUGGAACAGGUGAGGCAUGAAAUGCGCCAAGCCUCCGUCUUAAGAAUUCAAGCUCCGGGAGGUGUCCACGACCGUGUCAAAAAAUGGCAGAAGACGAAUGCUGCGGCAAUGGCCGCUGCGGAUCCCUAUGCUACACCAACGGAGCCGAGCGAGAUAUACAUACAAGUUGACGAUGAAAGUGUGACUGAGGAAGAUCGAGUGAGGAUUAAGUCGCGACAAAAGAAAUCAAUGCCGAGAAGUGAACCAGAAAGCACUGCUGAUAGUACCGAGACUAAGAAAGGGAAUCAUGAGCUCUCGAAUGCGCCUAAGAAGCGGGUUGUUAGUGAUACCAAUUGGGUGAAGAACAAGAAGAAGAGCCCCCCGAGAAAUCAACCGCCCAAGACAAAACCGAACGAGAGCACUGGAUCUCCGUUGCCAAAAGAUUUCCUAGCACGAACGACUGCCAAUCCCUCCGUCUCCAAGAAGAUUCAAGACUGGGCAAGUAAAGUUGAGCUUCCCGAAGAAACUCCAGUCAAGCGGUCCAGUGCACCAAGACCGCCAAAAUCUUCUGGUAGCGGGGAUGGAAUUCGUGUGAGGCCUAUUACUUCUGAGAGUGAUAGUGUUAGUGGGAGAUCGGGGUCUACUCGUAUCACCAUUAGGACGGGUAACUCGAGAAAAUUUAAAGAGCCGGAAAAUGAUGGUAUUCGUGUGACACCCAUGACAAGCGAAAAGGAUACGACAAGUGAAAUAUCAGGAUCCUCUUGCGUUACUGCCGAAACCUCGAAACCACAAAAACAAGCGAAAGUUUUUGAUGAUGGUAUCCGCAUCAGGCCCAUCCGGAGCGAUGACGAUACUGCAAGUGGAAGAUCGGACUCUACUCGUCCCGUAGAAACACCAAACCCAAGAAAGCCUCGUGGAAAUGUCAGCGACGGUGACAAAGUCAAACCAAUCCAAAAACAAGUACAUCAGAACGACAGUCCUAAAGCCAAGUCGCGUGCUAAGUCUGUUCCAAAGUACCAUCCCAAGGCUUCUAAUCCUCAAGAGUCGGACUAUGCAACGACCGUCCGUGCAUCUUCAAGGCAGUCUUCAAGAAUACCAAGCACCCAUGAGACAAGUACCCACAGAGACCCAUCACGGUCAGAUUGGACGGAAGAUAAUAGAGAGUCAGAACCUCACAGCCCUCGAACGCCAACACGAGCGAGUACAAAGAAACCUUCUAAGCAGCAGCCAAAACCCGUUCAAAACCCUGUAGUGAGAAGUGAAGUGGAUACCGCGACAACAAUGACAGAAGAUGUAUCUGAUAGCGAGUCUUGGUCGAGCGAUUCAGUAUCAGACAUGCCGUUCAGUGUAUUACAGCAAUCCCUAGCAGAUAUACCCGUUGGGUACUCCGCGUUUAGCGAACUUGACCUACCCACGGGCUCUAAGAAGCGAGCAGCAAGACCGAAAACUAAGAGGCAACCCAGUUUCAAAGGCGCUACUAACGUCUUGAAGAAAGCGUUGACGGAAGGCAAGAAGAUUCUCACCGAGAAGGUUGAUCCUCCCAAACCUGUUCACAAUCAACCUCCCAACAUAGAGACAUGGCUGAAAGACACGCUGGAUCCUUUCGUGGAGUCAUCAUCUACAGCUGAACCCGAACAAAAACGGAAAGUUGAGUCAGAAUGGGUAGAUGAGAGUAAACCACGACACUCUCCCUCUUCUAAGCCCAAGCCUUUAAACCUUGCACCCCCCCUCGAGGUGAAGAGGAGUGAAGAAACGGUCGAGGUAAAGGAACUUGAGAAAUCCGAUCAUGACGAGCCUAGUAGGACCGAGACAUCAACACCAACAUCAACCGCCACCCCGGCUGGAUUGAAAAGGAGUCGAGCCACCAGGGUUUCUUCAACACCUUCAAAAAGCGGUAGCCGAAAGGGCUUUAAAGAGAAGCUCAUGGAUGCAUUCCGCGGGGAAUCGACUGGCCAUGGUUCACCACCCCUUGAGUAUCCAAGCUGUUCUGAAGUUAUAGAUCUCGAUGAAGAGCACGAAGAUGACCACCACGAGAGACGUCGUUCUUCGGGACCGAGAAGGAGCCCAUCUCCUGAUGACUAUGGUUCGUCGCUGUCAUCUGAAUUAACACAGCCAGCUCCACAUCAUGUCCAUCACAAACGUAAACCUCCGACAAACGGCUUUCAUGAAUUGUCAACAAUUGCAUCCGAAGUUGAAUCACGUAGUACGUUUCAGUCGGAGCUCUCGUCCAUAGUCUCCCAAUCAACAGUGACGGAGAGCACUGCCUUGACCAGGAGUUCAGCUGUGUCUCGCAGAAAAAGUCAUAAGUCGGGAAGUCUUAAGAGACGACUUACUAAACAUUCCGAUUUAAUAUCGGUUCUUUCGUUGCCUGAUGGGGCUUCGACACCUCAUAGAGGUAAUAGUCUCCGCUCUGCGCGCUGUGUAAGAAGGCCAUCCAAUCAUCUCCACAGCGCCACCUUGGAUGCACUUUUAUUGGAAUUUGAAGAUGACGAGGAUCUUUACCUGCGGGAGUUGAAGACCCUCGUGGAUGGCGUAAUCCCCGUCCUCCUAACACAAUUUGUAAACAACACUAGUCGAACACGCAAGGACCUCUUUGGAUGUCCACCAACCAAAUACAAGGAGGACACCCUCGACAAUGCAGUUGUUAAUAUGGGCAUCGCCCUCGACAACCUGCGGAACCACCACCGCCUCUGCCCCACGCUUACCGACGUCCACAAACUCCCUCAAUGGCUCGAAGCAGCCCAUCCUAUUUAUAACAAUUACCUUGACGUGUGGCGGCUUGGAUUCCAAGGAAUUAUCGUCAACUUGGCUCCUCGUUCACAUGAUGAUGCUGACUCUCUUAUCAAUGCAAUGCCCCGAAAUGAGCAAGGUGAUGUUCUCGAUGAAGACGGAGAACGCAUUGAUGUUGCUCAUUUGCUAAGACGCCCUCUUGUUCGUGUUAAAUGGAUCACCAAAUUUAUUAGGGGCUAUCGAACAAUUGCUGGAACGAGGGAGUUCGAAUCUCUCGCUGCUAAAUGGGAAGCAUUGCAGGAGAAGGCGAGGCGACGAAAUAAAGAAGAAAACGCCAGAGUCAUAGAUGAAGAUGCCAAAAAUACCGACACAUCCCGAGCUCGAGAUCUAGGGACUCUGGAAGCUUUAAGCAACGUCAGAAUCGAUCGUCUCCGACAGGUUUUCGCUAAAGAUACCUUCUCUUUAGACCUUCGCCACUCGAGCGGACAGCGACUCGGCUGCCAGGUCGAACUCAUCUUCAGAGACAACCAACUGUUUAAAUCCGAUCGAGGUGACCUUCUUAUCAGAGAAACUGGCAGUGGUGGGCGCUCGUGGCUUCUAUUCGCUCCCGUAGCUGGGGACCGCUUCUCUGCCCGAAGGGGAGACCAUAGGCGCGAAUUGGUUGUUAUGAUUAGAGGCUAUAAGGACGAAUGGUUUGAACUUUUGUCCCUAACGGCUGACAACGAAGAACAAGUACUGGACUGGCUGGAUAUGCUAGGAAAUACACCCAUCCCACCUCCAAUCCAAGAUUUAUCAUCAUUAAUACCCCAACCACUUGUUCCCUCGCCAAAGUCAGCAGCGCGCGAACUACCUCUGGGCGAGAGAAAGCAACAAAAAUUGACUAUCUCUCCAAGAACUACUAGCACCACCGAGAAGCUUCAAGGAGAACCAACUACCCCUACUUAUACCACAAGACCGACUUCUAGAGGCCAGAGUGAGGCAUCAACACCAUCUCCGGAGAGGACGCCGACUCAAAACGCAUAUUCAAGAACCAGGCAGGAUCCAUCCAAUACCCCGAGAGACGAAGGCCAUUCCCGAUCGUUUAGCGAUCCUGACUCUCUAACAUAUAAGAAAUCAUCUCCCAACAGCACACCUUACCGCGACGAUGGUGCACCACCCCCUCCUGUUCAUCGAACUUUUAAUAGCAACAAAAAGGCACCAGUCCUCUCGCCGCCUGCAGAUCAGAAUACGACACGUCUCAAACGCCGUACCUCUUCUCCAUUGAAGCACGAAUAUCACCCCUCGGAUAUUUCUUCUGAAGGCUCUACAACACCAACAUCUCUUUCAGAAGACGACUAUGAAUCCGUCUCUGACGAAUCGUCUGAUGACGAGCUCGAAGCGGUUGAUAUACCCGACACAAUGCCUGCUAUCAGCAUCAAAAAGGAUGCCAACGCCCUAACAGAGUCGACCGUCUCGGAGAGCACUGCUAGCAUUAUACCCCCAGUUCCAGUACCUCAAGUUGAAACCCCUAGUCAAGAAAGCAACCAACCCGAAUACGUCAUCAAAUCCGUUGCUUCUAUUUCUUACUGGGAUAACAAGCACGGACAUUGGCAGGAUCUUUGGCCAGACCUAUGUUCUAUCGUCACGACACCAGGUCUCAUCGAGGCGUAUCCUUACCGAAGAGCAAACCCAUCUUCUAGCAGCUCAGGACAAGAAGAGCGACCACUGAUUGCUCUAGACCUUACACCACUAGUCAUGUUACGAAACAGCACAGUUGUCGACUUAGAAAUCCGAUCACCUGUCCUAAGCUAUUCUAGGCUCUUUGAAAAGGUCGUUACUUACGAUACCUCUUUCUUCCGUUUCCGAGUCCAGUCUAUUCCCGAGUGCGAAUCUCUCUAUAUGGCGGUCCAUCGAGCCCGUAUGGAUAAUGCAAAGUACAAGGCGCUCGAAGAGGAAACACGAGUCAGAGCCUUUGGUCAAUAUCAGAACCAGGAAGUAGAAGGAGAUAGCAGCAGUCACCGUCGUAGCUGGUUUGGCCGAAAGAACAGCUAUCGCGCGUCAGCACGAGCCCCAUCCCAAUCAGCUGGUAGCUUAUCGCAAUCUUCGGGUAUUUCUGCGUCAUCCUUUUUACGAAAGCUAAUGGGAGGCGGUGAUCAAUCAUUCAACAUUGCUAUGUCCACUGUCGAUAGGCAAUCCCGCUUCGGAGGAGACGCAUCUCUAUAUACUUCAUCGUCAGGUACCCCGCCACGCUCACCUUCUGUUAGUGCUGCGAAUAGUGGCAGCGCUAAGGUGAGCCUCACGACAAAUAAUCUCAAGAUCCGUCUCCACUUGAUGGUGUCAGCAAGCAAGUGGGAGGAUCAUGGUAACUGCUUCCUCGAAGUGACAAGACCAGACCGAGGGACAAGACAAAACUUAAGAAAAUAUCAAGGCAUGGAGAAACGAAUUAUAGUUACAACAAUCCCGAAGAAGAACGCAGAUAAACCGACUAUCGUCCUAGAUGUCGUUCUGGGUAGUCAAUGUUUCAGCCAACUGGGCAGCAGAGGUGUCCUCAUCAACGUAUGGGAGGAAGUUAAGGACGAAAGUGGCCAGACAGGUGUUGCACCUCAAGGUGGAGGGAGUGGAGGAAACGUUCGCAAGUGGUGUUUCCAGUGCUCGUCGGUAGCAGAGGCGAGAUGGAUAUUUGGUCUCGUUACGCAGGAGGUUGUAAUUGGUUGAUUAUUGGUUGAUACCCUUUUCAUUUGGCGCAACUUCGACGUCAGGUUCUCCCUCAUAAAAUCUUGAUUUCCCUCAGGCUUAUUCGCACAGAUAAACUUUUUAUUUUAUUUUGUCAACAACACAAUUGAAUUUUUCGACAUCACGAGGUACCAGGCGAGGCGUCGGACAUAUAACAUUUGCAUCAUAACAUGUCUGGGGGGCAGACAUAGGGCGGGCGGUUAGCAUAAGAUGAGACGAAACGAACGGAUUUUGGCCAAAGGGAUGGCAAACGGGGGGCGGCUUGUUGCAUUUGCUAUUUUGUCGUUCUUGACUCAUCACAUUUGUUUUUUCUGCAAUAUCCCCCCACCCCGUUUUUGAGCUGUAUACAAAAUGUGGGCUAUGUACACAGCUUCACCAGAGACAUACAAAGAUACCUAAUGAUUAAA